GGAGCUGGGAGCCGGGGGUGAGGCGGGUUAACGUGUGCCUGCCCGACCCCUGCCCGGUCCCGGCCCUGGCUCCCUCCCGAGCAGCCGGGGGUCGCCCUUCACUAAGAGGUUUCGGCUUAGCUGUCCGCCUUGGCGAAGGGGAUGUGGCAGGUCAAGGGGAAAAACCCACCGUGGUUCGUGUCACGGUCUUAAAACAAAAACCCGAGUGGACUUCUGGGGUUGGUUUGCGUUGGACUGAAACUUGAGACACUUGGAAAUUGUGAGAAGCAGUGACAAAAAUGCUGAGCUUCUUCCGUAGAACACUUGGGCGUCGCUCAAUGCGUAAACAUGCGGAGAAGGAACGACUCCGAGAAGCUCAACGAGCUGCCACACACAUUCCUGCAGCUGGGGACUCUAAGUCCAUCAUCACAUGUCGGGUGUCUCUUCUGGAUGGUACUGAUGUUAGUGUGGACUUGCCGAAAAAAGCCAAAGGACAAGAGCUCUUUGAUCAGAUAAUGUACCAUUUGGACCUUAUUGAAAGUGACUAUUUUGGACUGAGAUUUAUGGAUUCUGCACAAGUAGCUGUGAGUAGCUGUUUUUUGGAGGUUCCAGUGUGGGAGCAGAAAUGGAAAAUUUCAGAUGACGUGCUAAUUGCUGCAAGGCUACAUAUUCUUACUGCAUUCUCUUUUUCUUCUGAUUUUCUUAUUGUGGUCUGAAGCUCUGACCCCUUCAAAACAACCUGAAGUGCUUGUUAAAAAAAUGUGAGUCCUGGUCCUAACCCAUAUUACUAGAGUAUGAUCUUUGCAGUUGAGGCUAGGAAAUCUGUCUUUUUAAUGACCACUGGUUUGGUUGUUGGGCAUACUAAAGUUUGAGAACCACUGUGUAUAAUGGAAAGGGUGCUAAAAUGGGAGUUUUGUGGGUUUGUGCAUAAGUGAUAGAAGUUACUGAUUUGCAAAUAAGGUGAGUAGACUAGGUUAUCGUCAAGAUCCUUCCUGAUCUGUGAUUCUAUAAAUAUUCUUUGACCAUGUGCAUUUCAGAUGAGAGAAAUAUGUAUGUGAUACGGUAGGAAGUUGGAGGCUUUUCAAAGAUCUGAAUACUAUACUAGGAUUUGACUGGAGGGUGUUUGAGAGAAAGUAGUAGAUGAUAAGAUUGGAAGGUAGAUUAGUGGCUAUAUCAUACGAACUGAAUACCAAAAUUAUUAAAUAAUAUAUGGGCAAUAUUUAUUCUCUGAUAAUUGAGAUUAGGGGUUUUUUGAGCAGGGAGGUUAUAUUUUGCUUCAGGAAGUAUUAUAUAGGAGUAUUGUAUAGGAUUAUUUGGAAUGGGCAGAGAUUGAAAUCAGAAAGAGUCAUUGCAAAUACUGGGGAUAAAAGUAAUGUUAAGGCCUGGAAUAGGAUAGUUACAGUAGCAGAGGGGGAUAAGGACAUCAAGACAUUAAGCUUUGUGUUUUGGAAGUCUGUGAUGGAGGAAUGUGUAUGUAUGUGUAUGUGUUUAGUGACACUUUAACUCUGGUAUCUAGGACUCAUAGGAACAAUAUAUAAGAAUUCUCAAGUUCCUUUUGGAGUAGGGCAUUCAUUCACUCAUUCAUUUGGUGUGAUUAAUAAAUUAACUAGAAUACAUCUAUAAGAUACUAUUAAAAAACACAUCUUUUGGAGAUGAACUCCUUAGUUGGCUUUAUAGAUCAUCUUGGCUAAAUUUACAGCUGUUAAUAAUGCUAGCUAUAAUUUUUUUUCUCUGAUUUCUGUACCCCUAGUCCCCCUUUCUGAGUUAAAAGAAAUUAAGCAUGCACAUUUAGCAACAGAGUACUGGUUAAAUUUUGGCAUACUCAUACAAUGGAAUAAUCUGCAGCUCAUUAAGAAUGGUGAUUUUUAAAGUAUACUAAUUGACAUAGAAUAAUGUAGAGAAAAGGGUUAUAGAACAGUAUAUUUGAGUUUUUUUAUUUUAAAAAAAGUGGAUAUAUGUACACAUAUACACAUGAAAAAAUUAGCUAAGCUAUUUCCCAUAGUUUCACAGUUCUCAUCUCUGGAUGGAGUUUGUAUAGGAGGUGUUUCUUUUAUUGUUCAUUUUAAUGUUAUUUCUCUCCGAUUAAACUAAGUCCAUUGAGGGCAGGGAGUGAGUCUUACUUACCUCUGUUGCCCAGCAUGUAGUAGACACAUAAAACAUUUAUUAAAUUGAAUUCUGGUGCACUGCUUAGUUUGAUAUAAAGGCCUGGUUGACUAUUAAGUUUAAUAUCAUUCAUCAGUCAUCUUUCAAAUAGUGGAAUUACACUCACAGUCAAUGAAACAAUAAAUGAUAGGGAUAAAUAAUUCAUAGCUUCCUGUUUUUUGAAGGGUUGCGAAGGAAAAGAGGUAGAAAUAUGCCAACAUUAAGUUUCAGGUACCAUUUUUCCUUAGGAUACAUAAAUACAGUAGUCUCUCUUUAUCCAUGAUUUCACUUUCCAUGGUUUCAAUUACCCGUGUUCAAACCCAGUCUGGAAGCAGGUGAUCUUCCUUCUGACAUGUUGUCAGAAGGUCAGUGGUAGCCUAAAGCUACAUCACAAUACCUAUACCAUUCACCUCACUUUAUCUCAUCACGUAGGCGUUUUAUCAUCUCAGGAUCGCAAAAAAAAGGGUGAGUACAGUACAAUAAGAUACUGUCAGAGAGAGGCCACAUUCAUAAAACUUUAUUAUGGUAUAUUGUUAUAA